AUGUUCAACCACCUCGCCCGGUCACUGAGACCUCAGGUUUCAGGAAUGACGGACCCAUCACAAUGUUACCCCGAGGGCUAUCAAGACGCUGUUUCUGUUGUCGAACGCCUGCCAGAACGUCCAAUCGUCCCAACAAGCGCGAGCGACUGGGAAGCCAAAAAGCAAAUCAUACGGGAGCUCUACAUGGAUCAGAAUAUGAUUCUCAACGAAGUCAUCGACAUCAUGAUCCUCAAGUACAAGUUUAAAGCUACGGCAAGGAUGUACAAAGGCCAAUUCGCAAAAUGGAGGUGGACAAAAUACAACAAAUCGGGCAAGCCCGGGUCAAUCAAACCGGCAAGGUCAAGAGCAGCCAAAAAGAAGGCUAUAGCAGCUCCACAACCUUCAUCCCAAGAGGACGGGAUGUGGGAACUGACGCCAACACAACCCCAACACGCUCACCUCCAGUAUUUGACUGACGAGGAGUGUCGGGUGGAAACAACUCUCAGCGCAUAUGCCCCCCCGAUAGACCACUGGUCUGAACGGGAAACCCCUUGGAGGGCCGACUCGGACCAGCCACCAACCUUUUGCGAGCUCUUUCAACCCCGGGGCUACUCCAUCCUCCAGCACGUCCGCGCAGCGUAUGACUGUUUCCAAGCCGGUCAGCCCCAGCAGGGCGGCGACAUGCUCCGGCGCGCAUUCCUCGGGAUCGAGUCCGCCAUCGAGAACGGCAUCGACAUGGAAGCCCUCUGGGACUGCUGCCUCGCCGUGCCCCAUCUGGUGCUCGCCACAGGCUGGACCGACCUGCUCGCCAUCUUCGCCCGCCACCUGCACCAAUACACUCUCAUCAAACUCCAAUCCCACCCACCCCCUCACGCACAUCGACGCCUCCCUUCACCGGCUCUCCACCCCCGCUUCCCCCCCAACAACUCCCAACCUCCCAUCCACUCAACACCCCAUCCCUCACCACCCCCAACCCCACACUGA